AAACAUGGCAGCUCGCACUUGCGGCAAGCGUCUGCUCCCCAUCCGCUUCUGGUGGAAAGUUCUCGAAGCUGCCAGACCAAUAUUUCCUCUGCGCUCGGGAAUACUUUGAUCAAAGAUUCCAAAGAUAUCCUAGCAAUUGGUGCCGUAGGCUCACCGUCCAUUUGACGCUAGAGGAAGAAUGGCGAAGUGGGGACAGGGCGAUCCCAGGUGGAUUGUUGAGGAGCGACCGGAUGCUACGAAUGUGAACAAUUGGCACUGGACAGAGAAGAAUGCAUCUGGGUGGUCCACAGAAAAACUGAGAAGUCUUCUAGUUGGUAUGAUUGUUGAAGACCCUCAUAUUGGAGUCUGCAAGAUUACAGAUAUUGAGAAAUGUGAAGGUGAAGCCUCUGCCAACAACAGGAAGGCCAAAGUCAUCCUCUUCUAUGAAUGGGAUCUAAAACUGAAGUGGGAGGGGAAGGCCAAUGGAAGUGAUUUCCAAGUCUUGGGAAAGAUUGACAUCCCAAAUCUGAGUGAUGAAAAUGAACCUGGUGAUGUUGAUGUAUCAGUGAGGAUCAAGUCAUCAGGACCAGAAUCAGAGAAAUUGAAGGGAAUGAUGAGGACUAAGGGUGCUCAACUCAUCAGGGAACAAUUAUCAAAGUAUAUUAAGGACUUCCAGGAAGAUCUCCUAGAAUUUCCUAUCCUGGAGAUUUCAGCUGUUAAUGCUGGAACCCAGGAGCAUGCAAAGAACACUUCACAAAUGGAACGGUUGGAAAUUGGAGGAGUGAGGAUAAAUAUAGGAGACUUGGAACUUCAAGUGAACCUGAAAUGCACAGCUGAAGAGAUAUAUCGUGUCCUGACCCUGAAAGAGAUGGUGGAAGCAUUCACUCGUGGCCCUGCCAUCAUGGAUUCAGAGGCCACCAAAGGUUCCAAGUUCGCCAUCCUUGGUGGAAAUAUUUCUGGAGAAUAUCUUGACUUGAUCCCAGCAAAGAAAGUGGUUCAGAGUUGGCGAUUCAAAUCUUGGCCAGAGGAACAUUACAGCACAGUGACAAUGAAACUGAAGCAAUUGGAAUCCAGUACUGAUGUCCUCAUCAAACAGACUGGUGUCCCCAUAAUAGACUUGGAGAGGACAAAAGAUGGCUGGACUCAUCAUUACUUUGAUGCCAUCAAAAGAACAUUUGGGUUUGGGGCAUUUCUUCUAUGAUCCAGAUUGUAUGUAUAUUCAAGUCUGUCUUCAUCCAGUGUCUGUUGAAAACCUGUCUUCAUCCAGCAUCAUGUCAUAUCAGGGCUUGUUCCACCUCUCCAUCUGCUUGAAACUUUAGCAUAAGAAUCUAAAGGGUCUGUAACUUAUUCAGUCUAUAAUACAAUUUUCCAAGCAUGAUUUUGUUUCUCCACAUGAACCCAUGCCUUGAAACUUUUAUGUUUCCUUCUCUGUGAAUCUUUUCAUCUCUGCCUUCAUACCUGGCAUAUUAGCAGUAAACUGCGUUUCAGCCAAAGGUAUGGAACCCAGUGAAAAUAUUAUUUUUUCUUGAUUUGUAUUGAUCUUCUGAUUUCAAGAGACCUGAAACUCUUAGUGCACUCCAUUAGUGAUUAGCACAUCACAAAAUGUGUUAAUAACCUACCCACAGACUCCUGUUUUUUUAUAUUUUGAAUUACAAAGAUGCUACUCUCAUGCAAGGUUGUAAGCAAGAGGAAAAGUAGAAACAAAAGACUGCAAAAAUCUUAUCCAGGAAUGCAAAUAAUAGCUAUUUGGAAAGAGAAUGAAUCCCAGAUAGUCUCACUCAAGAACAAAAUAAGAAAUUUAACAUCCAUUGCUUUUCAUAGGACAUCUGUUGGUGCACAAAGCCCA